AUGUCCAGUCUACGGUUAUUUGGUCGGUUGGCCAGGAGUCUUCCGCUCCGCCCGGUUGUAAGAAUACCCGAACGUUGGAAAUACACACAACAUCAAGGAGUCAAGGGUAUUCGCAACAGGAAAAGCUUCUUUGAAGCCCAAAUGCAGGCUGGUCAAAGGAGCGAGGAUAAUGAGGACUUGGAGCAGGAGGAGCGGGCAUCCAGUGGAAACCAGGCGGAUAUGAGGUUCCUUGAUGAUCGAGCCUACGACGAGGUGGCAGGUGGAGCUAUGCGAAUCUCUCGAGACAUAGCCAGUUCCCAGCAAGUUCUCAUCCUACAGCCCUACGUGAAGUGGGUAGCCAAACGCCAGAGCAGCACGCCCAUCGAUGUCCGGCCAGAGGAUCAGCUGGAAGAGGCCUCUGCGCUGAUUCACUCCCUGCCCAAUUGGCAAGUGGCCAGGGCUCUCAAAGUUCCUCUAGAGAGUCUCGAGAAGAAGACACUCUUUGGAAGCGGAAAGCUGGUGGAACUCAAGGAACUGGUGGCCGAAUUGCGGCAGGAAAGGCAGCUCACUUGCCUGUUUGUCAGCAAGGGCACGCUGUCCUUUGCUCAGAAACGCUUCCUGGAGGCGGAGUUUCGAUUGCCAGUGAUGGAUCGUUACUCUGUGGUUAUACAGAUUUUAAGGCUGCAUGCUACAAGUGCGGAAGCAAAGCUACAGGUGGCCAUGGCUGAGCUUCCCUACAUUUGGGCCCAAGCCAAGGAUGCCAAUGUCACACAGACGCGACGCCAAGGAUAUGCCUUGACUGAUCUGCAAAAGGAGAUCCUGCGCACCAGGGAGCGCAAACUGCGAGCGGAAUUGGAUCGAGUGCGUCGGCAAAGGCAGUUGCUUCGCCAGAAACGGAAACAACAAAAUUAUCCCAUUGUGGCCGUGGUGGGCUACACAAAUGCUGGCAAGACCUCUUUGAUCAAGGCUCUCACUGUCGAAGAUGCAUUGCAGCCAAGGAACCAAUUGUUUGCCACCCUCGAUGUGACAGCGCAUGCAGGUUGUUUACCUUGCAAUCUGCAGGUGAUUUACAUGGACACCGUGGGCUUUAUGUCUGACUUGCCAACGGGUCUGUUUGAAUGCUUUGUGGCUACUUUGGAGGAUGCCAUGCUGGCGGAUGUUAUAGUGCACGUCCAGGACCUUUCUCAUCCAUGUCAUGCCGCCCAACGCUAUCAUGUGGAGGCCACACUUCGUUCUUUGGCCUUUAAUGUUGCCAAUGGAGAUUCGACGGCCAGCCAAUUACCACCGAUUAUAAAUGUAUACAACAAAUGUGAUUUGGUAUUCUCAAAGGCUCAGUCUUCUUCCGAUCCGGUGCAUCAUAUUUCAGCCCGAGCACAGACUGGAUUGGAACCACUUCUAGACGACAUCGAGCAACAAAUUUUGAACGCCACUGGGCGCAGAAAACUCCAGAUGAGGGUGCCCAGUGGUGGACCUGAAAUGGCCUGGCUGUAUAAAAACGCAGCGGUGGUGGAAACUAUAGCGGAUGAGGAAAAUCCCGAGCGACUGAUGAUGCAUGUGGUCAUAAGCCAACCCACUUUGGACAAGUUCAAACGUCAGUUCUGUCGGUGAGCCUCUCUUAAAGUCAGAUGAAUCAAGUUUCUUGGGCGCAACUGGCACCUACUAAAUUUUUAUUAUUGCUCUGGUUUUAGUUUUAUUUGGUUUAGUUGCUAGAGGGUGAAGUUAGGAUCGGUGUUGAUUUCUCAUUUUUAAUUCUGUAUAAAUAUAAAAUUAUCUACCACAAAAAUAAAAAUCUAAAAAUAUCAUUAUAU